CAGUUCCCCGGGAAACCUCGGUCAGCAGCUGCCAGCGCCCAAGCAGGACGCGGGAGGCGGGUGAGGUCGGCAAAGAGGGGCAAUGCAACCAUUUUUACUAGCCUGUAAACACCCUAGGACUAGGAGGCGGCAAGAAUUCCGCGCGUCCGCGGGCGGCCCGAGGCCUCCAGCUCGCCCCCUUCCAGCAGCGAGAGGCGAAAUCCUGCCGUGGCUUGUUCUCGGGAGGGGCCGAAGGCCAUAUCGCCCCUCACCCGCAGCAAACAUUAAGGGUCCAUCCGCGAGGGGAGAACCCGCAUGCCGCCCCAAGCCCGAGGCGUGCGGGACGGCCCAAAUUGGGCCUCCCGGGCCACACAGCGGGUCGCGGAAAGGAAAUUUACACAUUUCCCAGAAAGAAACACAGCCUAAGGGGUCUGGAGAAGCCCGUCCUCGCCUUUCUCCAAUCCGCCACCGAGACCCACCUUCCGCUUCUUUAGCAGCUGAGAAAUUGGGGGCGUUUAUGGCGUCCCGGGAAGAAGGAUCGCAGGCUGAGAGAAUGUCACCUCUGAGGCACCUUUCUCUCUCCCCCUUCUCCCCUCACACAUGCACAACUUUAACUCCUCUCCCGCGGUCACAGCCCAGCUGCAGACCCCCUGCGCCCACCUGGCUACCGGUUUCUGACACCCCCAAGCCCCCACUUUCUCCCAAACGCCUCCCCUCCCCCCCCAUUUGGAGCAGCCCCCCUCAAUGCGGAAAUGUCCCCGCGGCUCAUACAGACAAGAACAACUACCAGUCAGGAGCCGAGGCGGAUGCAGGGCCUGACCAAUGAGACGCGCGGAGGUGGCAGGGGGCGGGACGUCUGCGGCCGGAGUGAGCCGCGCGGAGGUGGUCACUGAGUGAGACCCUGGGAGCCGCCUGUGGAGGCUGUGCCUACGGCGGCGGGGAAGGGGUGUUUCACCAGUAAAAUACCUAGUCUUCUGCAGAUACUUUAGCAAGGGAGAGACCCUGAAGCACGAGCGGGUUUUUUUUGUAGUCCGUAAAAAUAUUCCGAUUUACCAGGGAUUGAAGAUAGAUACCUAAGCGGCGGAUAGAGCCCGAACGCCUCAGGCCAACUACCUGAGCGAGCCCAGGCCCUUCUCAGGAGAUGCAAAUUUCUACUCACUACUCCCGGUCUAGGGAGGCUGAAGAGGCUGGAAGGACUAAGCAGUGGGAUAUUUGGAGCCCACUAACAGAAGAAGGGAUUUAGGGCGUCGAAAAAAGUGCCAGGUGAAGGCUCCGCCACUAGAACCAACACCGCCAGUACCUAAUCCCAUAGAGACUUCUGCUGUGAUAGGCAUUUACUUUUCUGAUCAAAGUGGAAAUGGAUGUUACCCCUCGAGAUGCUUACCUUUAAUAUUCUUGAAGUCCAGAAGGAAGGAGAUGUUCAAAGAACGCUGGCAGUGGUGUGGGAACGGCAAGAGGGCCAGCCCAGCGCCCGCUAAAUCACACCUGGUAUUGCCAACACCUCUAAGACUCAAUGGGCGUAUCUCAGGCUUCCCUUCAUGACUCAGUCAGCCUGCUUCAGGACCCGUGAAUUGAGAGUGCUCUCUUAGGGACCGCCAAUAAACCAUGUAAUUCUAGGAGUUUGAGGCUUUGGACAACACUAAUCAAGGGAAAGUGAGAAUUGUUUAAUGAUUCCUCUCUAAACAAAGUUUAAUUAUUUAGUGCCACAUAGUCAUAUGGAAACAUUAUUAGAUAAGUAACAUAGAAAAGGCCAGUGAUUUGUCAUGCUAGAGGGUAACAGUCCUGGGUACUAUAUUUCUUUUGUGAAAUCCAAAAAGACUGACCUCCCUGCUAUAAAACUAACUUCCCCAAAUAAAACCAAAAAAUGUCUAAAACCCAGAUAUUUAAAUUUUAAUGGAGACACAAUCUUAAUCAGAAUCUCUGCCUCCUUUGUGUGAUGUAGAGAAAUUCGAGCAGCAUUAAAUAGUAGUUAUUGAUCAGCACUAACACCAAAAUAAGAUGCCACCAAAACAUUGGGCCCCAUAGGUUGCUUAGCCUGCAAAAGAUAAAGGGCAAUGAAGAGUCUUUAAUUUAUACAAGGUUUUUUGUAAGUCAGAUGAUCCGUUAUUUUCUACCUUUACAGAAGGUUAAGGGAGAGGAAGUGAGUUUUCAUUGCAGCAAGAGCAUUUCGUAAUAGGCUCUCCCCUACUGCUGCCAAAGGA